AUGGCCCAACAGGUCAAACACAACGGAGUGGUGCGCAGUAUGGACUUCAAUCCGUACCAGAAUAAACUGUUGGCCUCGGGAGCGUCGGAGUCGGAAAUAUACAUCUGGGAUCUGAACAACACGGUGGCGUCGAUGACCCCAGGAACGAAGGCGCAACCGUUUGAGGAUGUUCAGGGGCAUUCACGAGAGUGCACUCGCAAGAACGGUGUCACCAACAUCAAGCUGACUGGGGACAAGGUGGUGGCGGCCCGGCUCAGCAGCCGCAUCGACUUCCUGCGGCUCGAAAUAUACACCAAGAGUCGGCAGAUCGACUGGGGAUUUUCGUUCGCGUACCGGCGCACGCACAUUCGCACCGGUUCUGCGGGUAGCUUAAGCAUAUUCCAGCAGCCGAACGGUCCGGCCAGAGUUCAUCACGCCUCGGAGGAGGAGCUGCGCGGCAUCCAGGAGGUCCACCAGUCACCUCGUGUCGUGGCCCGUUCGAGCCGCUGAAUCCCAGCUAGAUGUGACCUCGGUCGAGGACUACCGCAAGAUGCGCGAGUACGAGCAGGAAAAGUUCCUGAGCAUGGUCAAGCAGGUCAAGAACGCCGGAGCAACGCUCGCAAUCUGACAAAGGGGAUUCGACGACGAGGCGAACCAAUUACUGCUGCAGCAAGAACUGCCUGCCGUUCGCUGUCCCAUUCUGUGGUCUCGAAAUCGUACUGAUCCCCAUCGCCACCAGCGGCAGAAUCGUGCCUCGCUUGGGCUAAACUACACACAGGAAGUGGAACUGGUAACCGGAACUCGCCUGUUGUCGUCAUCGUGCUUCCGGCCUUUGUCACCGAACCUAAAAAUCGGCGGAGUUACGCGAUCCUGCCCGGUGCAUUAACUCCAAAAUCCAUACUUUUUUUUUUAAAUG